AGCUGCUGGCGUGGCCACGCAAUCCUUAAGGCGCGUCCGGCGCCAUUUCGGAAGCUACUUGGUGGCUGGGUCUCUUCCAACCAAGGCCGAAGAAAAGAAGUAAGGAAGGGAUUUCUGAGGGUUGCUGUAAUGGGAGGGAGAGAGACGGCCUCCUGCCACCUCGGAUUUGUGUAGUAUUCUCGAUUGGAUGUGCUAUAGCCUGGACCAUGCUCAGGAGGGUGAGACGUGUGGUAACCUUCUUCCGCCGCAAGAGGGACGGACUCAAUGAGGGGCGACCAGCGUCUCCGCAAGAUGGCAAAAAUUUGGAAAAUCAAUGGGAAGUAGUGCCAAGUUCCUUUUAUGGUGUGACAGAUGAGUCCCUUCACUUCAAUACUGAUGAGCCGGGCAGGGUGAUGCUGAGAGGUGGGCAGAAAAGUACUGCUGAUAAUGAAGAAAGUGAACCAUCUGAGGAGUUAAAACCAUUUCAAGUGGAUGCAAUUGCUUUUGAUGUUCAUUUUGCUGGACAAUCUGACCUGCAAACCAGAAUUCUAAUUGGUUGUGUUACUGCUAUAAAGAAAGGUGUUGUCUACGUUAAUGAAACAAUUAAGUGUUCCCUAGACAAUGUCACAGAAGGUUUUGUGCCUUACAAUGGUGACUGGUUAGAAGUUGAGUAUUCAGUCCAACCAGGUACCUGGAGAAUCAGGGCACACUCAGCAAAGCCCUUGACCUGUAAGCAUAUCGAAAAGGCCUGGGUUACCAGUGUAAGUGGAAGAAAUGGGGUGAUAGAUGAUUCUAUCUAUUUCACCUUGGAUUCUCUGAUAUGUCCUGUGGGAUAUGUUCCUAAAAGCAAUCAUAUGGUCAAUGUGGACAUAGUGGAGAGCAGCCAGGGGUGCCAUAUGUGGAGAGCUGUUUCUAUCACCCCAGUGCACAUGAUGGAUUAAUAACAACAUCUUUUUAUUUUCAGUUUGUCUUUUCUCAUAGAAGCUGCAAAAGGCCUAAUUCAGUUGAAACAACUCAAUUCAGUAAUCAUAAACAGUAUUUAAUCGUAGCAUUUCUGUUAUAUUCAAUGCAGAUACCGGUUGGUUUGAGUGUUACAAAAAAAAUCAAAAUUAUUGCAGGGCAUCAAUGUAACAGCAAGGCAAAGCUGGCAAGUUACAGUAGGAAAGGACUUGUUGGAAACCUCCUGAAAUGGAAUUUGAAUUUCUGCCUUUCCAACACACAGAAUGGAUUGGCUGAUGGAAAAGGCCUGUUAGGGCCCUGAAAUGAAGCAAAGCAUUUCACUCAAGAAAUAGCCAUAUGAAUAUGUUAUUGGGCAUGUGUGAUAGUUCCUGUUUGCAAAAUUGAGCCAACCUUUUGCGUUAUGUUCACCUUCCUAUUCUGCAUAUUGCUUUUCAUCUCUCAUCACCAGUACAAUUUGUUGUUUCUAUUGUUGAUUUGUGCCCUUCUUUACUAUGCAAAUGGGUAAAAUCAAUAAAGACAAGUCUGUUUAAGGUGUG